AUGAAUACUUUGUGGAACUCUGCGAUGUUGAUUAUAGCCUUAGUGGUAAUAAAGAUCAGCCACUGGCUUUAUCGAUGGUCAAACCCUAAGUGCAAUGGCAAGUUACCACCAGGAACAAUGGGUUUUCCAAUCAUUGGAGAGACAUGUGACUUCUUUAAGCCUUCUGGAUUCAACGAUAUCCCAUCCUUUGUGAAGAAGAGGAUGUUAAGGUACGGGCCAUUGUUUCGGACGAACAUUCUCGGUUCCAAAACAGUGAUCUCAACGGACCCGGAUGUGAACUUCCAAAUUUUCCGGCAAGAGAACACGUGUUUCGAGAUAGGCUAUCCGGACAUAUUUUUCAAGGUAUUUGGAAAAGACAAUCUGUUCGGGAAGGAUGUGAAUAUCCACAAAUACCUCCAAAAAAUCACCACGGGAUUUAUUGGCUCCGAGGGUUUGAAGCGAACGAUGAUAGGAGUCAUGGACAGAGCGGUCCGCGACCAUUUUAUAUUGAAAGCUAGCCAAGGGAGCUUCGAUGUUAGGAAAGAAGUUGACAGCCUGGUAUUAGCAUACAUGACACCAAAUUUUAUUAGUAACCUCAAACCAGAGACUCAAUCAAAGCUUAUGGAUAGUUUACAUGACAUCUCUCUUGAUUGGUUUCAGUCCAUCUUCAGUCUCUCUACUUGGAAAUCUCUCAUCAAAGUCAUGAAGUCACGUGGAGAAGCCCUCCAAGUGAUGAAAGACGCUCUCCGGAGGAGGAAAGAGUCGAGGGAGAAGCAAGGAGAUUUCCUCAACACGAUGCUUGAAGAACUAGAGAAAGAAGAUAGCCUUUUUGACCAAGGAUCGGCUAUAGACCUCAUCUUCCUUCUUUCGUUCGCCACGAGAGAAGGAUAUACGAUUCCGGCAGGUUGGAUUGUGGGGGUUGCACCAGCAGCGGUUCAUUAUGAUCCUGAAAUAUAUGAGAACCCAUUUGAGUUUAACCCAUGGAGAUGGAAGGGGAAAGAAAUGGUUUGGGGUUCGAAAACAUUUAUGGCGUUUGGAGGUGGAGUGAGACUGUGUGUAGGUGCAGAGUUUGCACGGCUUCAGAUGGCAAUCUUCAUUCAUCAUCUUGUCACCUACUACGAUUUCUCAUUGGUCCAAGACUGCAAGGUCACUCGUACACCAUUUCUUCAAUUCACCAAGGGUCUUCUCAUAAACAUCUCCAAGUCUUGCACUAAGUGA